GAAAGUGCAUUUGACCGAAACGAGAUGUCUGGACGCGGAAAGACCGGUGGCAAAGCCCGCGCUAAGGCCAAGACCCGCUCGUCCCGUGCGGGCCUCCAGUUCCCCGUGGGCCGUGUCCACAGGCUGCUGCGUAAGGGGAACUACGCCGAGCGCGUCGGUGCCGGAGCUCCGGUGUACCUGGCUGCGGUUCUGGAGUACCUGACCGCCGAGAUCCUGGAGUUGGCCGGGAACGCCGCCCGCGACAACAAGAAGACCAGGAUCAUCCCCCGCCACCUGCAGCUGGCUGUCCGCAACGACGAGGAGCUCAACAAGCUGCUGGGCGGCGUGACCAUCGCUCAGGGAGGCGUCCUGCCCAACAUCCAGGCUGUCCUGCUGCCCAAGAAGACCGAGAAGCCGGCCAAGGCCAAGUAGACGUCGGCAGCCCGAGCGACGACCCCAACGGCUCUUUUAAGAGCCACCCACUUCUGUCUGUAGAGCCAGAGUUUCUAAAGUUCACUUCAAUGACAUAAAGUAUGUUACGAAUCAAACACCAGAGAGAGAGAGAGAGAGGGGUGAUUAACUUUAAAAAGGGGAUGAACGUGAAAUGCUACAGGCUUCACAUAUAAAGCUCA